AUGGCGGAGAGCGCCGCCGCGGACGACCAGCUGCGAAAAACUGGCAGGAAAAUCAGAGUCAAGGCGAUCCGGUGCUGGCGGCGGCGCGCACAGACAGCUAAUGAGCGGACGGACGCGGACGAGCGUCCCAGCUGCGCGCGGAUGCCAACUGGAGCGGCCGGCGCGCGGGAAAGCGCAGCCGCGGCCGACAGCAUUGAGCAGGAGAGAGCCAGCAAGGCCGUGCAGAGAAGCUGCUGCCGUAAACAGCAGAUACGGCCCGGCGCGCUCGCCGCAGAAGAACAGCGACAGACGACGCUGUGGGGCUUCGCACUUCCUGUCGCCCUGGUGACACAGUCCGGUCGGACUCCGGCAGAGCCUCUGGGCAAGGAAGACACGGCCCAGCCGCCGCAGCAGGCCGGCCGCGAGUGGGAGGCGCCGUGGAAUGCUGCCCCCCGCCCACUGACGGCGCUCGCGGCUAUCCAGAGGCAAUUUACCGCACGGCGCGUCCGUCUCGUAUCUCGCCUGCGGCCGCCUCGGCGCUUCAUUAGAAUGCAGACGCUCUUGCUUGUAGAGAAACACCAGCAGCAGCAGCAGCAGCAACAACAACAACAACAACAACAACGUCAACAAGCAGUUCCUCUGAUUCACUACGCACGAGAAAUAGGAACACGUUUUGGCCUCGAGUGGCGGCAGCGAGUGCGGAUGCUGGGCAGCUCGGUGUCGGGCCGUGGUGCGGCCCUGGAGCGGCCGGCGGCUGCAACGCGAUCCGCCGCCCUGUGCCUACUGGAGCGGCUCCAGCACGCACCACCGGCCACGGCGCCGCUGCAGCCUCCGAUGUCUGGCUCUCCCAGGAGCCUGGGCGCCGCCUCCGGGUCGCAAGAUUUCGCUGGACCAGGACGAGGAAGUGCCGCAGGGAGACGGCGCGCCUUUCCGCCGGUGUGUAUAACAACUGGCCGCUCUGUGGGCCGGGCGGGAGGUAUGGCGGCCGCGUUGCUGUGGCAACACCGCCACUGCACUGGGGCUCAGCCAGCCGGCGGGCCCGGUCUACCUCGCCAGGGCCGAGGCGAGGCGCCGCGAGCGGGCGAACAGACUCUGGCCGGCCGGCCGGCCGGCCACGCCGAGUUGGGCUCUGCCAAGUUGAGCCACGGCACGACACGGCACGCCGCUCUGCACAAAAGGCACGCAGCACGGGGGGCAAGGCCCAGGGGCCAUUCCUGUCUGAGCGCGGAGUCCGCGACGGUAUUGCAGGCGGUGACGCGAGCUGCCAGUGGGGGCGUGAUCCGCGCGGACCGCUAG